CUUUUUUUUUUUUCGCUUUGUAUAUGUAUCUCCACAGCUCCCUUUGAAAACCCUCUUUCUCUCGCGGUUCCGAUGGAUGAAUUCUCGGCUCCUUCCUUCUCCCUCGGCCUCGAUCUCGACCUCGCCGAUCUCCCCACCGACGGCGAAGAAGACAAAGAAGAGGGACAACGAGAGCUUCCUCUCCCAACGCCGACGACGGCGAGAGGAUCUCCAACCUUCGAUCUCCUCAGCGACGAAGAAUCCGAAGAAGAUCUUGGCCUACGCGAAACCCUAACUCCGAAUCCCGACCAAGAUCCUCCUCAUCCUCCGGCCCUGAAGCGGCUGAGAAGAGGCCCUCCUCCUCUUCCUCGGCCUCCUUCUCCUCCAUGUGAUGGCGGCGGCGGAGUUGACCAUUUACCCAUGCUCUUCACCGACGUCGAUGAUGAGAUCGAGGAGUUCUCGUCGCAAGAGGAGCGCCUGCGUGGCCAAGGUGGAUGUUCAUCAGUCCAAAGCUGCAAUACUCGAAGCAGUUCAAAGUUUCUUCUGCAUAACCAUGGGAUCUUGACAAGUCAACAAACAAGCAAAUUGAAGGCUCCAAAAAUCUCACCGGCUUCCAAUGCCUCGACAUCAACAAUAGUAGAGCAAAGCAGCAAUAAGAAAUUGUUCCCAAAAUUAACGAUCAGCCCUCUUCGGAAAAUUUAUUUACUGGAUUCAGAUUCAGAUGAUCCUUCUAGUGAAGAUGAAUAUGAAGAUGGAAAAGAAGUUGAUAAAUCUCAAGAAAGGAGACGGAUUACUACCAUGACCAGGAAUGGGCAGGAAAAGUCAUCAUCGCAAGCCAAUAAAGCCCAUCGGGAAAGUUUUCAGAAGGACUUGAGCCCUAAGAAGAACAUGAAGUUGGAAACACCUGCUUUAGAUGAGUUCUGUGAAGAGUAUUUCAGGUCAAUGAAGGAUCAAAAUUUGGUUCAGUCUAAGGAAGAGGAUAUGAGUUUUUGCAGUUCCAGAAUACUUGAUCCAGGUGGCUUUGUCGAAGACUUUGAAGAUCAUCAUCAGCAGAAACACAUCAAUGGAAGAACUCAGCAAAAUAGGAACUUGCCCAGUUCUCAACCUCCUGCAUAUCAUUACUUCUACCAUAGCGAUGCAAGGAUCCGAACAUUAGUCCAGAAACGGUUGCCAUUCCUUAAUCUACUAGGUGCAGAAAAAUAUAGAGAGAAUGAGGAGGCUGGAGCAGAAAAUUUUGAUUAUAUGAGUCAAUUUGGCCCCAAAGAUGUUCCUAGGCAAGCCCGAAGAACUUGUGAGAGGCAUCCUGAAGGAAGCUCAAAAAGAAGGAAAAAGCCAAACGGUGAUCAUCUUAAGGAGGCUUCGCAUGAGAGUGCAAGUUGGGUGAACCCUCGAAGCAAUGCUAAGAUUCCAAAAGAUGCUGGAAAAAGGCGAGUUCGUGCUGAUGGCCGUCAAUCUGGUCACUGGUUUACUGGCCAGGAUGGAAGAAAGGUUUAUGUCAGUAAAAAUGGAGAGGAACUGACAGGUCAAAUUGCCUAUAAACAAUACAGGAAGGAAAGUGGUAUUGGGUUCCGAAAGUCAAGAAAGAAAGUAGCUGUUCAGAAGAAGAGAAAGCGUUGACACAAUCAUGCUUAUGAUGAUGUAUGAUGUAAUGAAAACACCGAGUGUUCGCUGUGUAUUCAAGUUGAUGCUGUGGCUACAACGGAAUUGUGCGCGAGUGCUAGCAUUUCCAAGUAAUUACAAACUAUAGUUGAAUUUAUGUGGUAAAAAUGCCUCUGUCAUCGCACCUGCUCAUGUGUUUUCUUUCAACUUAAAGAUCGAAAACAUUUAAGAAAUAAAAAUUAAA